AUGAUCCCACUGUCAAGCGGCGAUAUCCCACGGUCGAGCGACGUCCCACACGUAGGCGGCGACAUCCCGUCAGUCAAAGACCGCACGAUCAAAGAAAGUCUGAUCCGAGCCUUAUGGCUCAAAGAGGAGCUUCCAAGAACCAAAACUUGCAAGAUCGCACGGUCAAAUGGCAUGAUCCCACUGUCAAGCGGCGAUAUCCCACGGUCGAGCGACGUCCCACACGUAGGCGGCGACAUCCCGUCAGUCAAAGACCGCACGAUCAAAGAAAGUCUGAUCCGAGCCUUAUGGCUCAAAGAGUACGAAAUCCGAGGAUUUACGUUCUUGAAAAACUGCCCCUUUUAA